AUGAAUUUGGAGGAAACAAAGCAUCGAGGCAGAAACUUCAUUCGCAAACUUCUUGCCCAUUUUUACAUCCAGGGCCCUCAUGUCCAUCACGUCUGUCUUGUUCAUGAGCCUCUCGGAACGAGUGCAGAUCUUCUGGUCAAGAUGUCUCCCGGGCAGGCAAUGACCCUUGAUGACCUGAAGCCACCAAUGCGACAGCUAUUUAUCGCCUUAGAUUACCUACAUUCGGAGUGUCACAUCAUGUCAUGCAUACCGACACGAGCUAUCUUUCCCGAUUCGAAGAGGCUGAGGUCUUUGGGAUUCCUUCCAAGGGGUGGGCUGCCACUUCUCACUGAUUUCGGGGAAGCUCGAUUGGGUGAUAAGGAGCACAAUGAUGAUAUCAUGCCGAACGUUUACAGAGCUCCAGAAGUAAUUUUAAAAUCGAACUGGAGCUACAAGGUGGAUAUCUGGAAUGUCGCCAUGGUCGCCUGGGACAUCGUUAGCCCUCGCACCCUUAUCAAUGGCAAAAACACAGAUGGCAUAUUUGAUGAUCGGGUUCAUAUGGCAGAACUGGUUGCCCUGCUAGGCCCUCCGUCACCCGAAUUCCGGGAACAGAGACAGCUCAGUUCGGUCUUCUGGGAUGAGUCGGGCAACUGGAAGGACGUAUCCCCGAUUCCAGACAUUACUCUCGAGAGCCUGGCUGAGAAGGUUCAAGGAGAAGACAAAGAAGGGUUUUUGAGUUGGCUACGGAUGGCCCUGCAGUGGAACCCCGAGGACCGGCCGACGGCUCUAGAACUCUUAUACGACGAGUGGCUGACGAAGGGACUAGGGGACUGA